AUGCAAAAAAUUUAUAUAUGUCUUCUUUUAAUAGUAUUCAUAAAAAAAUGGGAAGUUUUCAAUUCAGUAAAUAUAAAAAAAGUGGAGUAUUAUUAUUUAUUUGGUUCUUUGAAUAAAACUAAAAACAAAUAUUCAUUAAGAAAAAAGGAAAAUUUAUUUUUUUUUUUUAAUAAAAACCAGAAUAAUAAUUACAAUAAUAAUAAUUAUAACAGUAUUAAUAAGGAUAAUCAUAUUUUUUCAAAAAUAAAAAAAAAAUUAAACUUAAAUAAGAAAAAAAUAUUAUCACUUAAAAGCAUUAAUUUAAGUAGUAAGUUAAAAAAAAAUAAUCAACUGAAAAAAAAAAAAAAUGCACACUUUUCUUUUAUUUGGAAUAAUAUAGCUAGUUAUAUAAAAAAUAAAGAUGACCAAAAAAAAAAAAAAUGUUUUCUUUACAAUAAUGAAGAACCACAGCUAGAUCCUGAAUUGUAUGAAAGCUUAGGGGGUUGCUUAGAAAAUGAUAUGAAAAAUAAUUAUUUUGAUACUUUAAUAGAUUGUAGUGAGGAUGAUUAUAAUUAUGAUGAAGAAGAAUUUGAUACUGAUGAUUUAAGUGAAGAAACAAAAAGGAAAAAAUAUUAUACAUAUGGUAGACCAUUUAACGAUAAAGAUUUUAAUUCUGAAUAUGUUCAGAAAUAUUAUCAACAUUUGCCUAAAUAUUUUGAAAAUGAUAAUAUAUGUUCCAAUAAAAAUUUUAAAAAAGUUUAUGAAUCAAAUAAAAUUGAAAAUUUGGAGAGAAAUAUAAGAGAGGAAGAUUUAUAUUAUCCAUCUGUUCCAAUAAAUUGGAAAACAUAUGUUUGUCUAUUUUUUGAUAAAAAAUAUAACUAUGAAAAUAGUAGUGAUAAAAAAAUUUAUGAUAAAUUUAAUAGAAAUAUACGCCAUAAAUUUGUUAUGGAGUUUUUAUCAUGGGUAAAAUUGUCUACAAGAAUAUAUCAGAACACGUCGAAAAUGUUGAUGUUAUUCAACUUAAAAAGAAACAACAAUAUAUAUGGGAAUUUGUUCUUUUUCACUUCAUUAAAUUUACAUUAUGCUCAUUUGUUUAUGAAAUCUAAUCCAUACGUUAAAUUAGGUUUAUGCGAAGAAUUAUAUUUAUAUUCAUAUGAAGGAAAUAAUGACCAUUUUCUCAUAGGUAAUUUUCCUAACUUAUUUAUAGAAACAAAUUAUUUACUGAUCAAAUUUUUUAGACCAAACAAAUUAAAAGAUAUUAAUGAUUUGUAUGAAAAACAUAUGAGAUUUUAUAUUACUUCUAACAUGAUUUUUAAAUUAGGUGUGUUAAAAAAAGUUCGUAAGGAUAAUUUAAAGGAUUUAUUUUUAACACCAUAUCAAUAUUUACCAAUCACUGAAGAACAAACAAAAAAAAUUUUAAAUAAAUUUGAUAAUGAAUUUAAAAUUUUUGAAAAGUGUAACAGUAUUGAAAUAAAUAAAAAUUAUGAAAUAGAAAAAGUAGAGUAUGAUAAUAACGAAGAAGUAAAAGAUAAUAAACAUAAAAAAAAGAAGAAAUAUAAAAAGAGUGAAUUAAAUAAAAAUGAAGAAAACGAAGAUACAAAUGAUAGAUAUGCAGAAAGGAAUUACAAAAAAUAUACUAAAAAUUGCUUGGCUGAACUAAGUAUAAUAAAUUGCAAAAGUAAAGAAGAUGCAAUAGAAUUUCUUGAAAAGGAUCCUUAUACAAGAUGUUGUUUUUAUGAUAGUAUAUUUUUUUCUGAAGUAGCUGAAGUUUCUCCUCAUGUACAAUAUUCAGAAGGUUAUAUGCCUAAAAUUCAUUCAAAACUAAAUUAUAAAUAUGAAUUGGAUACUAAUUUGAAUCCAUCGGAAUGUUUACAAGAUAGACCAGAAUUUUUAGAAAAUAAAAGUUUAAAAGAAAAAAAAUUAAAAUCGUUUGAGAAAGUAGAUUUUGAUUUAAUAGAUACAUUUAUAAAAAUGAAAUAUACUAACAAGGAAGUUGAGUAUGAAAAUUAUGAUAUAAAGGAAAAUGAUAUCGGAAUAGAAGCAAAUAUAAAAAAUGAAAAGGAUAUAAAAAUAAAAAAAAAAGACGAUUUUUUGCAAAAAAAUCAAGAAAAUAAUGAUGAAAUUUUCAAUGAGAAAUAUCAAAGAGAGUCUCAAAAUAAUUCUAUUAUAAAUAAAGAAUAUAAAAAAAUUAAUGAAGCUUCAAAUUUUUUAGAAAAUAAUAUGGUUAAAAAAAAAUACAAAAAAUAUAAAGUAAAAAUAGUUGAUUAUAAUAAUGAUUAUAUUGAUUAUAUAUGCAACGUUCAAAGAAACAAAAUAUUAUAUGUAAAGAAGAAAAAAAAAGAUAAUUCAAUAGAUAAAGAAUCGAAAAAUGAACAAAGUAGUAAUUCCAUUUUCAACAUAUUUGACAUUUUAUCCAAAGAUAUGAGAAACCCUAAUAUAAAUAAAGAGAAAGAUAUAAUAUUAAUUGAUAAUACAUUGCAAUUUUUUGAUCAUAUUUUUUUUAAAGAUUAUUUAGCAGAUUUUGUAUAUAUUUCUUUACCACCUGGUGAAUAUAUAGAAGAUCCAUAUUCAAUUAAAGAUGAAAAGAAUUAUGAUUUUACUAUUUUUAAUAAUUCUCUAGCUACAGAGGACGAUUUCCUAAAAAGAAGAAAUUUUCAACCAAGAUUUUUAAAAGGAAUAUGGUUAAAAAAAAAACAUUCAAAAAUAUUAUUUUAUGACAAACAAAACAAUGCCUUAUUAUUUGGAACAGGAAUUGAUAAAACCUUCUCAUGGAACAAAAAAGUAGACGACAAAAUCAUGAAAAGAGCAUUAUUAAAUAUGGAAAUAGCUUAUGAAAAAAUAAGAAAAGGAAGUUCAAUGUUACAAAAUGAAGUGACUAUUCAUCAAGAAAGUGAUAGAACAAUAAAAGAAUAUACAGAUGAAUAUACAUCUUUUCAAAAUAGAUUUACAUCUGUUCACAAUCAUUUAAAUUCUUCUGAGGGUUACAAAGAUUUAAAACCUCCACCAGGUCUUGAAUAUUUAAAUCCACACAUAUGGGAAAAGACUUCUGAUGAGCACAAAAAGUUAAUUUUGGAUACAGAUAAAGUACAAAAGAUUCAUUCUAAUUUUUUAAAAAAGGUUGAAUUAUAUAAAGCCUCAAUAGAUGACGAUCCUUUUGUACAAAAAGUACCAUCAGAAAAUGAUAUUUUAAGUUAUUCAGAUAAAGUAGAUAUUGAAAUUAUAUAA